AUGCAACGAAGCGUAUUAACGAUAAAGAUGAGAUUUGAAAAAUAUGGCUUGAUGACUAUGACUCAUAGUGAUCAUAAUGGCCAGACAGGUAGCAAGUUAGAAUUAGAGUUGUUGUUGUUGAUUGAAAUUAGAGAUGAAAUUAAGAUACGAAUGAACAAAUGUCUGGAAAUUUUUUACUCCUUGUCAGGUCAUAUUUUCAAGGAAUCAUUAAAUGAAUACCAUAAUUAA